GCACGGUAGAGCAGUGUGGGACUGGGAGCCGGGGAGGCGCCGACGCGACGACCAGCACCACCAUCGCUUUUCUCCUUCCUUAUACCAGCACCCCCACCACCUCUUCCUCCCUUUCCCUUUCUGGCCGCAUUCCCUCGUCCUCCGGCAGCCGUCGCCAGCUUCCGAUGGUCCGGAAGGAGACGGCCAUGAGGCUGCCCCCGCAGCACCAGGGCCUGGAGGUCAAGAUCCCCAGCUUCUUCCGCUGCCCCAUCUCGCUGGACGUCAUGCGCUCGCCCGUUAGCCUCUGCACCGGCGUCACCUACGACCGCGCCUCCAUCCAGCAGUGGCUCGACUCCGGCAACACCACGUGCCCGGCCACCAUGCUCCCGCUCCCCUCCACCGACCUCGUCCCCAACCUCACUCUCCGCAGCCUCAUCGCCCACUGGGCCGCCUCCGCCGCCUCCUGUUCCCCCACCGCCGCCGGCGGCGCCGGAGUCGCCGACUCCUCUUCGGCACGUACUUCUUCUCCCGCGAGCCUCGUCCGCCAGGUGGCUUCGUCCGGCGUGGACCCCUCGCCGGCCCUCCGCGAGCUGGCAGCCUAUCUCUCCGACGACGACGUCGACGACUUCGAAAAGAACGCGCUUGUGGGCGCCGGCCGCGCCGCCGAGACCGUCGCGUCAGUUCUUCGGAGAAGAGCCGAGGAAACCGGCGUCGAAGGCGUGGAGGCGGCCACGAGAGUGCUAGCCUUGAUCUUGGCCUCGGACGGCAUCGACGACUCGAACAAGAAGCGGGUGGCCACUGGCCUCGCCGCGGACGCGGCGGCCUCGACCGCGUCGCUGGCGCGCGUGAUGCGCGGCGGGAGCGACCUGGAGGCGAGGAUCGACGCGGCCAAGCUGGCGGAGCUGUUGCUCGCCAAUGCGGCCGGCGAGGCGAAGGCGGCGGCGACCAAAUCGUCCGAGUUGCUGGCCGAGCUGGUACGCCUCGUGGGCACCGUCGACGAGACGGGCGCCCUGGACAGGAACGCCGUGGACGCCGGCCUCUCCUGCCUGGCCGCCAUCUGCGGGUCGUGCCGUGCCGCGCGUGGCGAGAUGGUGCGCCUUGGCGCGGUCCCGGCCGCUGUGCGCGCUCUGCGCGCCUCGACGGAGUCCGGCGCGUCCGCGAAGGCGCUCCGGGUCCUCGAGUCCGCCGUGGGCUGCGCCGAGGGCCGUGCCGCGCUGUGCGCCAACGCGGAGGACGCCAUCCCUGCGGUGGUGGGCAAGAUGAUGAAGGCUGGGCGCGACGGCGCGGAGGCCGCCGUGGCCGUGCUCUGGGCGGUCUGCCACCGGUACCAGGACCGCCGGGCGGCGGACGCGGCUGCGGCGGCCGAGGGCGGGCUGACGAGGCUGCUCCUCCUGAUGCAGAGCGGGUGCUCGCCGGCGGCGAGACAGAUGGCGCUGGAGCUGCUGAAGAUAUACAGGGUGAACGCCAAGAGCUGUCUCGCCGGCUACGACUCCAAGACCACCCACAUCAUGCCGUUCUGAGGAACCGAAGCGGACGAGAGUGGUUUGCCGCGAUCCUGGGUGGCUGUUUUGACAUGAUGAAAUGGAUUCAAUUCAGUGAAUCAAUUAAAUCGCAUGGAACAGGGGAAUGUGUUCUUGUUCCUGUGAUGUUUAUUGAUUUCCACUCCCCCCUCCUCUUUUCUUUGGAUGUAAGUCGGUAGAGAAACAAACAAGAAUUAGUUCACGAGGUGAGAUGAAGAAUAAUCUGUACAGACAUGAUCAGAACAGGCAUAGUGGACAAUUUAACCAAAGGAUUGAUUUUUAGGCU